GCGCACACGCGCCUCUCUCCCCAAACUGCUCGCACCUGGCAGAGGGCGGAGGAGCCCCAUUACGCGCACCCGCGCCUCCUCUCUCUCCUCUCCAUGCCAGCGCCGUCGCAAACAUGGUGCAGAAAUCCCGCAACGGCGGGGUUUACCCAGGCCCGCAGACCGAGAAGAAGCUCAAGGUGGGCUUUGUGGGGCUCGAGGCGGCCGCGGCGGAUUCAAGUCGUGAUGGUGCGCUGCUCAUCGCGGCUAGUGAUGCGACCAAGCGCGGCAGCAUCCUGAGCAAACAACGCUCCGGCAUCGCGGGCAAGAAGCCGCCCAAACGCAACGCCUUCUACAGGCGCCUGCAGAAUUUCCUCUACAAUGUUCUGGAGAGACCACGAGGCUGGGCAUUCAUCUAUCACGCUUAUGUGUUCUUGCUGGUGUUCUCCUGUUUGGUCCUGUCUGUGUUCUCAACCAUCAAGGAGUAUGAAAAGAGCUCUGAGGAUGCCUUGUACAUACUGGAAAUUGUAACGAUUGUGGUGUUUGGUGUUGAAUACAUCGUAAGAAUCUGGUCAGCAGGAUGUUGCUGCCGAUACAGAGGAUGGAGAGGCAGGCUAAAAUUUGCUCGGAAACCUUUUUGCGUCAUAGACAUCAUGGUGCUAAUAGCCUCCAUCUCAGUGCUGGCAGCCGGUACACAGGGCAAUGUAUUUGCCACCUCAGCCAUCAGAAGUCUCCGCUUCCUCCAGAUCCUCCGCAUGAUUCGCAUGGAUCGUCGUGGAGGAACCUGGAAGCUGCUGGGGUCUGUUGUCUAUGCUCACAGCAAGGAGUUAAUCACAGCUUGGUACAUUGGCUUCCUGUGUCUGAUCCUGGCCUCCUUCCUUGUGUAUCUGGCUGAGAAGGAGGACAAUGAGAUGUUUGCGACUUAUGCUGAUGCACUGUGGUGGGGUCUGAUCACGCUGACCACAAUAGGGUAUGGAGAUAAGUAUCCAAUAACGUGGAAUGGACGUCUUCUUGCAGCUACGUUCACCCUGAUCGGCGUGUCCUUCUUUGCCUUGCCUGCUGGAAUCUUGGGCUCUGGCUUUGCCUUGAAAGUCCAGGAGCAGCAUCGACAGAAACAUUUUGAGAAACGACGGAAUCCAGCUGCAGGACUCAUUCAGGCAGCCUGGAGAGUGUAUGCUACCAAUCUUUCACGCACAGACCUGGAGUCCACCUGGGACUAUUAUGAGAGAACUGUGUCUGUCCCUAUGUACAGACUCAUCCCCCCUCUUAACCAGCUCGAUCUGCUGAGAAAUCUGAAGAGCAAAUCUGGCCUUUCUUUUAGAAAGGAAGCACAACCAGAGCCAUCACCAAGUCAGAAGGUUAGUCUGAAAGAACGAGUGUUCUCCAGCCCGAGAAGCUCAGGAACAAAGGGGAAAAGUUCACCCCAAGGCCAGCAGCCACUGAGACGCUCUCCCAGUGCAGAUAAUAUUGAAGACAGUCCUUCAAAGGUGCCCAAGAGCCUGAGCUUUGGUGACCGUAGCCGUGCUAGACAAGCGUUUCGCUUCAAAGGGGCGGCUUCACGACAAAACUCAGAAGUGCUGAUUGAGAUGCAGGCAGAAGAUUUGAGGCAGAAGAGCUCUCCAGAAGCCAGCCUUCCUGGAGAAGACAUUGUUGAUGACAAUAAGAGCUGCCAUUGUGAGUUUGUUCCACAAGAUUUAACACCAGGAAUUAAAGUUACCAUCAGGGCGGUGUGCAUUAUGCGGUUUAUGGUGUCAAAGAGAAAGUUUAAGGAGAGUCUCCGACCUUAUGAUGUGAUGGAUGUUAUUGAGCAGUAUUCAGCUGGACAUCUAGACAUGUUGGCCAGGAUUAAAAAUCUGCAGUCCAGGAUAGAUAUGAUAUUGGGUCCUCCAGGUCCCACCACUCCCCGCCAUAAGAAGUAUUCAACCAAAGGAACCAAAGAGUCGCCCCAGUUCUCACCUAGGGUUGACCAGAUUGUUGGCAGAGGUGCUCCAAUCACAGACAAGGAUCGUCCUAAGAGCUCAACAGAAGCAGAAAUUGCAGAGGACCCAAGCAUGAUGGGAAGGCUUCUGAAAGUAGAGAAACAGGUCAUGUCAAUGGAAAGAAAACUUGAUUUCUUGGUGAAUGUCUACAUCCAGCGAAUGGGAAUCCCACAGUCUGAGACAGAUGCCUACUUUGGUUCUAAAGAGCCUGACCCAGCCCCGCCAUACCAUAGCCCAAUUGAGCAUAUGGAGAAGUAUGGCUCUAUUACCAAGAUCAUCCGUUCCAACAGCUCAACGGGUCAGAAAAAUCUUGAUGCACCUCCAUCUACAUGUGCUAACCAGAACAACUGCCCUCCAUCCACCUCUUGGCAACCCCAUUCCCUUCCUGGACCCCCUCAGUGCUGCAGAGGCACCUCUCCAGUAGGUGACACCUCUUUGGUGCGAAUCCCACCCCCACCAACUCAUGAGCGCUCCUCCAGUGGCCAUAAUGGCUCCAACCGAGGCUCUCGUGGUAGCGCUGUGGAAGAGGUAAAGCCUGAAGCUGUGUCACAGCAGCAGGCAGGUGCUGACAGUGACACCUCCAUCUCCAUUCCCUCUGUGGAUCACGAGGAGCUUGAGCGCUCCUUCAGUGGCUUCAGUAUCUCCCAGUCUAAAGAGAACUUAGACUUCCUUAACAAUGCAUAUUUCACUGGCGUGACACGUUGCUCCAAAGCGAGGCCCUACAUCGCAGAAGGUGAGUCAGAUACAGACUCUGAACUUUGUGCCCCUUCACCUCAUUCUGCCACUGGAGAAGGAGCAUACAGUGACAGGGGCUGGUCUGGUCCCAAGUAAAUCUGAAAGUGAGCUUUCAAAGUCGGAUUUUCUGCUGGGGUGGUAACCUCUGAAACCAAACACAGGCCACAUGUGGCAGGAAGCUGUAUUUGUUAAAACCACGCCUACGUAUUACAUAUACAGCACAGAAAUCCAUGCCAGAAUCCUGGUAGUAAUGCCAACUGCCUAAAUGAUGGAGCUUUCUGGUACUUAAUAAUUUCCUAGACAGGUGGUACUUGUGGCUGUGACCUCUAAAGGUGUCAUUCUUCUUUUGAGAGACAAGCAUCUGCUGCUCAGUUAUUGUGCAUCUUUCCUUAAACAAACUAAGCAAGAGAACGUCAAAGUAAAAGAUGUCAGCGAGAAAAAAAUGGCAUAGUUUGUCUUCAACUUAAGUCACAAUGUUCUUCACCCUCAUCAGACCACCCUUUCUUGUCUUUUCACUCUGUCUUAUUACUUAUUAGUUUCUUGUUGUCCACAUAAGCCCAUGGAUGCACUUCAAAAUAUCAAAUGCUUUAAAAUGGUCCAAUAGUCAAUAUCUUCCAUCAUGCCAAAAUAAAUUUUUCUAAUAAAAUUGUACUCCUAUAGAAACAAGAAACAAUUUACUUAUAUAUAUAUGAAAGGUACAAAAUUUCCGUGUAUCAGGUUUCAACCUUUUUAACUAAUUACUGAUUUUAAAGAUUUGCAUGAAUUCUGAAUAUUUAUACAGUUUAUUUUAUACAAACCGGUGGCUUAAAAAAGAGAAAAAUAAGAAUAUUUUAUGCAGAAGCUUUGUUCUUUUCGUAAAGGGAACUUAUAAAUCUAUAAAUAUAAUGUAUUAUUACCAUAACUGUUGACACAUUUAACAAAUCACAGUGUAUACUUAGAUGCUUAGAUCACAUGUAAUUUCUGCACCACAAAUAAUGCUGUCUGGAAUAAAAUAAUUGAGUACUUGAUGUGAUAGGUUUAAUAUAUUUUAAGCCAACUUUUAAAAGUCAGACGGCGUUUUUGUUCAUGGAUAGUCAGACAGUCAUCCUUCAAUGCUGUCUGUUUUUUCCUUGAACAUGAGCACAUUCUAAUAUAAUGUUGCAUCAUAGCUAUUGACCAUUUGAAGUUGUAAUGUUUUAUUGAUCCUUAGGUGACACUAAAGAUUAGUCAUCAGUUGACUUAUUAUGACAAUGCACAGUUCUGAUCACUUAUGUACUUUCCGCAGCGGUGCAUCGGCCAUAUCGAGUGAGCAUUCCUUUGUGUAUUUUUGCCUUAUUUCACCCGUCGUAUAAAACCUCCACAAAAUCUUUUCUCUGUUACACAAACAUACAAACUGCUCAUACAACCCUGUCAUGCAGUUUAGCAUUCUCAAAGGUAGGAGUGGAUGAUAGGUUAAAACUGUAAUAUCACUUAAUAUCAAAAUAUUAAGCUAGUUUUGAGAAAGUGACACCAGUAGUUGUUGUUUACAAACUUUAGAACAGAUCUCACUUUUAUAUGACUUUUCUCUGUAUCACACUCCCCUAAACACAGGAGAAUGUGUAUAUUAUAUUUUAAUGGAGUAACAACUGGGAUCGUCUUCUGACAAUAGGGAUAUUGCUUCUACUGGAACUCAAGCCUUGUGUAAAUUGGUUCCAGUGUCAUAUCUUAGCACAUGUUUACUGUUCAGUCUAUAAAAUAGCCCUCAAGUGCACAUUCCACAAAGUGCAUUUUUAAACACAACAACUUAGUUUACAUCAUUUUCGUCUUCCAUGUCUUACUUUAUACAGAACAGACACCUCUUAGAAACACUUUCGCUGAACCAUUAUCUCUACAGCUGUGUUAAAGGGAGAAGAUUUAUACCAUGAUGAUGACUCACAUUUCUGAAUUGAUUGGUAUGAUUAUAGUUGCAAAUUAGUUAAGGAUAAAGCAUGCCACAAUAAUAAUGACAAUUUCAGGUUGAACUGUGUUAAAGUAUAAUAUUACAUAGGAAAGGAAUCAAUAUGCAGGCCUUAACUUACACACUGUAUAUGAAAAACUACACCAACAUUUCUCUCAUGUCCAUUUAGAAAGUGUGAUAGACGUGUUAAUAAGUCAUUUACAAAGCUCAAAAGCUCAUUUGAGCACAAAGAAAUAGGUGUCAUGGUGUAUAAUACACCAGAAAUAUGUGUCACAGUCAAUGAUUUGUGUUUUUAUUGCAUUUUUGUUAUCACAGCUGCCUUGCUUGGUUUGAAAAAGAAAAAAAAAAAAUUUGAUUAUUUUCCAAAGAAUAUUCUGUAUUUUGCUAAAUUGCCUUUGGUGUUUUGUCCAUGUUUUCUGUAAAGUAUAAGGGUCCUCUCACUGCAAAUCUGUUCUAAACACACAUCGUGCUUGUGAAUGUAUUAUUUUUUAAUUCAUGUCUCAAGUGGCAAUUACAUGAUUUACUUUUACAUUUUAAAAAGCAACAUUUUUAAUAUCCAAGCUUUUAGUGGAAGAAAAACUGUCUUUGCAAAGUCUGUAUCUUGAAUGCAACACGGUGGCGUUUUCAUUGUGUUAUAUCUCUCCGGUCUCCUGUCAUAUACAUGAUUGUUUUACACAAAAGGCACUUUUUUUGUUUCCUUAAAGGAAUUAAAUGCUUGCCAGCAUGUUUUAAACCACUGAAUGCCAUAAAAUAUAGCUUUUUAUUGUCAUGUAGCAUAUCCCUUGUGUAGUCACUCAAAUCCAUGGGAGCUGUAUAAUAAACUUUG